AUGGUCCCUGCCCUGCUGCUGUGCUGGAGCUUUGGCUACGCAGCAGCCCUCACCCCCACGUGCCUGUCGGCUCAGUUCCGAAGGCCGGGCGAUUACAUCCUGGGAGGCUUGUUCCCGUUCGGAAUGGACACCGUAAACCUGACGGCGCGGUCGGAGCCCACGUUAGUCGUGUGUGAAAGGUUAUUUGUGGAUGGGCUGAUCUGGGCUCUUGGAAUGAAGUUUGCUAUUGAUCAGAUCAACAAUUCCACUUCCCUUCUCCCGGGAGUAAGGCUGGGCUAUGACAUCUACGACACCUGCCUUGAGCCCACGGUGGCCUUACAGCCCAGCUUGCUAUUUCUGACCCGGAACGGCACAACGGGCAUCGGCGUGCUGUGCGACUACAGCGAGUACCAGCCUCGUGUCACUGCUGUGAUCGGACCAUACAAGUCCAAUGUCGGCCUGGUGACAGCCAAACUAUUCAGCUCCUUCUUGAUCCCACAGGUCAGCUAUGGAGCCAGCAGUGAGAAGUUCAGCAACACGGAGUUGUACCCAUCCUUCUACCGCACUGUUCCUAGUGAUAGGAACUUGGUGGAAGCUGUGGUCCUGCUACUGGAGAGGUUUGGAUGGAACUGGAUUGCCACCAUAGGAAGCGAUGAUGAAUACGGCCGAGGAGCCCAGGGGCUCUUCGUAAGCAUGGCUGGAAAUCACAGCAUCUGCAUUGCAUUUGAGGGGCUAAUUCCUACAGACUUCACAGACCCCGAAGCCAAAAACCAACUGGAAGAUACCAUUAAGUUAAUUAACAAGACCAAAGUCAACAUCAUUGUCCUUUUUGCCUUUACUCAGCCAGCCCAGGCCCUGCUGGAACACAGCAUCAGGAUGGGACUGAGCGAGAAAGUCUGGAUUGGCACCGACGCCUGGAUGUUGUCCGACAUAGUUGCUUCCAUCCCAAAUAUUCAGAGCAUUGGGACAGUCUUAGGCUUUAUUAUGAAAGCAGGCACAGUCCCUGGCUUCCAGAAAUAUGUUGCCGACCUCUUUACCUCUUUUUUUUGCCAGGAGUCUAGAGAAUUCAACCGCCUCAUGAACCCCGACAUGCUGGACACACACUGCAAACAGUGCGACCGCAUCUCGCUGCACGACGUCUCAGCCAUGCUGAGCCACCCGCAAGUCCAGCCGGUGUAUGUUGCAGUCUACAGCGUGGCGUACGCCCUGCACAGAGCGCUGGGGUGCACCCACCAAGCCUGUCCCAAAGCAUCCAUCAGAUCUUGGCAGCUGCUGCACUUCAUGAAUACCUUCCCGUUCAAGGUGAACGGCCAGAGUUUCAGGUUUGAUCAAUCCCAUGGCACAAACACUGGCUACAAGCUUAUAUUCUGGUCCUGGGCAAACAGCACCCUGACGUAUCUGCCUGUAGGCGACUUUGAAGAGUCCUUGUACAUCAGUGAGUCCCAGAUUCGGUUUCACACUGCAGAUCAAAAGGAGCCUACAUCCGAGUGCUUCAGACACUGUGAACCAGGGCAACUCAAGCGAAUAAAAGGAUUCCAGCUCUGCUGCUAUGACUGUAUGGAUUGUCCUGAAAACACCUUCUGGACCGCUGAAGCCAGCUCCACCUGCACUCCCUGCCUGCAGCACCAGUGGUCCCCGGCCCGCAGCACGCAGUGUUACGACCGCAGCGAGAGAUACCUCUUCUGGAACGAGCCGCUCACCGUCGCCUUGCUAACGCUGAUGUCCAUCACCGUAGCCCUGACUUGUCUGACAGCAGCGCUCUUUUUUAAGAACCUCGAGACUCCCCUCGUGCAGGCUUCUGGGGGCGAACGGAACCUCUUUGCCUUGCUGUCGCUCGUGCUGCUGUGUCUCAGCUCCUGUCUCUACGUAGGAAAGCCCAGUAACAACCUUUGUAGGAUCCAGCAGAUUGUCUGUGCCCUGUGCCUCAACGGUUGCUUCUCCACCUUCUUCAUCAAGUCCCUGGAGAUCACCCUUGUGACCGAGUUCCCUCGCUGUGUCCCCACCCUCCUGCGCUGGGUGACGCAGAGGAGGGCCUGGCUCCUGGUCGCUGUGUGCCUCCUCACCGAGAGCUGCUUCUGUUUCUGCUACCUUCGCCUGGGCCCGGACCGUCUGGUCUCCGAUUACGAGUCCCUACCCACGGAGGUUCUGUUUGUGUGUAACACCGAGUCCUGGCUGGCCUUCGCGCUAGUGCACGGCUACAACGGCUGCGUGGCCUUCGGCUGCGUCCUCUGCACCUUCAUGGUGCAGACCUCCGGGAAGAAGUACAACGUCGCCAGGGGGAUCACGUUUGCCAUGCUCAUCUAUUUCGUCAUCUGGAUCUUCUUCAUUGCUGUUUUUGCCACGCUGAAGACGGUCCUCAGGUCUGUUUCUCAGAUUGGAACCGUUCUGGCCACCAGCCUGGGUAUCUUGGGCACCUACUAUGUCCCUAAAUGCUACAUCCUCUUGCUUAAGCCCAAUCUCAACACCGUGGAUUAUUUCCAGAAUUCCAUCAAAGAGGAGCCAGAGGAGGACUCUCAAUAA